AUGGCACCACCGAGCUUUGCUACCUGUACAGAGGUUGGGCCAGCGUGCCCCGUCGAGGCCACUACCUACGGCUACUAUCCCCAGCUUGGGUCAAAUGCCUUCCUGACCGCAUUCUUCGCCUUUCUAGCUCUCGCCCAGCUAGGUCUUGGAAUCUUCACCCGCACCUGGUCCUUCCUGAUAGCGUUGUUCAUGGCAUGUGCCCUCGAAGCGGUCGGUUACGGUGGGCGUUUGCUCAUGAACAAGAAUCCUUGGUCGAAAGAUGCCUUUCAAAUCCAAAUCGUCUGCCUCAUCCUGGCCCCAACCUUCCUGGCCGCCGGCGUUUACCUGACGAUUAAACAUAUCGUACUCUUCGUUGGCCCAGAGCAUUCCCGUAUCAAGCCAAAGCUAUACACCUGGGUGUUCAUUUUGUGUGAUAUCGGCUCCCUCAUACUACAGUCGGCUGGUGGUGGUGUUGCUGCCGCAGCAACGAAGAAAAAUUUCAAGCUCUUGAACGUCGGCAAUGGUAUCAUCAUUGCUGGUAUUGCCUUCCAGGUAGCUACCAUGUCAGUUUGCGGGCUGCUUGCCCUUGAAUUCUUCAUCCGGGCAUACCGAAGUGGAAAAGGUUUUUCCUCCAGUGGUUCAUCCCAUGGAGCUGCAGCACGUAGGUCCUUCUGGAUCUUCUGUGCUGCGGAUGCCUUUGCCUAUAUUGUGAUCCUGAUUCGAUGCAUCUACCGUCUGCCUGAGAUGGCUGGCGGCUGGGGAAACCCCCUUAUGCGAAACGAGAAGGACUUCCUGCUGCUUGAUGGAAUGAUGAUUGCUUUGGGUGCUGCCACGUUCACCAUCUUCCAUCCGGGAUUCUGGUUUCCUCCUAUGCGAAAGGGCGGUGCAGCAUCAAAAGACCUCCAAGGUAUUCCUCCAAGCGAGGGAACCAGUGUAAACAAUCCCGCCGAGAAGUAA